UGUCUGUUAAUUUAUGAUGUUAACGUUUACGCGUUAAAAUAUAAGAUGGUAAUACUUAAAAACUACACCGAAGAAAAAACCUGUUAUCAUUUAUACGAUCACAACACGACCCAAACGAUUCUCCCCUUCUUUCGUUGCAAUUGGUCACAACUAUAAUAUUAUGGUCAACUUAUUUGGAAUUAAUUUGGGAGGACAACAUAUAAACUGCCACCGACGAUCACUUUCUCCUGAACAAUUUUUUCAAAUCAGUCGCUCAAUCGCCACUACUAACGUCACUAUUGAGUCGUUCAUGCUUCAAGAUAACACCGGUCUAAUAUUUUCAUAAUCAUAAUUAUUUUGAAGUUAUAACCACAUUUUAUCAUGGCGUUUUCGACGUUGAGUUUUCAAGCAUUGUCACUCAUCUUAUUCACUCUGACAAUAUUAAUAGUUUCAUUAAUUCGAAAAAAGCGUAAUUAUUGGUACAGUCGAGCAAUACCAGUGGCUAAAGGUCAAUCGGUUCUUUCUACUCUGCCAGUUUGUAGACUGAACGAAAAACACUUAACAUCAUAUCGAAACAUUGCUAUUGAAACGCCAAUAGUUGGGUUACAUGAUGCUGGUAAACCAUGUGUUUUAAUAUGUGAUGUACAAGCAGCAUCAAUUGUAUUGAGUAAUGACGGCUUUGUCGAAGACACUGAAAUCUCGCAGGCUCAUACCCAUAGCAAAAUACCGAAUGUAAUAACCGAAGAUAACAUGCAAGUUGUAAUGCCAGCAAUGGCAGAGUGUGUUAAAGAAUUAGCUGUAUCUUUGGAAGGUUUGGCGAAUCGUAAAAUGACCAUAGCUCCUUGGGCAGCGUUGAAAAGAUGUGCGUCUAAUACAGUCGCAACUUGUGUUUAUGGAGAAACAAUGAUAGACUCUAGAAUGAAAGCAUUUGAAGAACUAUGUAAUGUGGCAAUGAAAUAUGAAAAGACACAGACCGCCGGCAAGCAUUUGAUUUCUUAUGAGAACGCGUUGUCAGCUAACUGUAUCAAAACAAUGCUGUGCAAAGCUGCCAAUAUUGAUAUUGUCGACGAUGAAAUACGAAUGGAUAUGUUUACUUUUGUAACGAAAGCUAUUGAACCAACAGCUGCUUUGGUCACUGCUACUUUGUAUGAAUUAUCCCAAAAUUCAAGAAUCCAAUCGCAACUCAGAAAUCAAUUGGAUGAAGUGUUGGAUGAAGAUUUAAAUAAUUUAACAAUUGAACAAUUGGAUCGUAUACCAUAUCUCGACAGUGUGAUACAUGAAACAUUGCGUAAAUAUCCUCUAAUGCCUGUAAUUCGCUGCAUUGUCACUAAACCUUACUCCAUCCAAACGAAACAGAAAACGUUGACCAUCGAACCCGGUGUCGUUACUUUAAUACCAGUGCACGCUUAUCACCACGAUAAAAUACAUUUUACCAAUCCCGAAACAUUCCAUCCGAAUCGGUUUCCUGGGCAACUGUCAUCUGCAUACAUUCCCUAUGGCAGCGGGCCACAAUCCUACAUAGGUAAACAUUUUAUUGGAUUAGAAGCUAAAAUGAUAGUUGCAAUAUUAUUAUCUAAAUAUGAAUUUACUGUGGAUAAAAGGAAUCCCGGAAAGGCACCAAAUCCUUUCGAUAAAUCUUCAUUUAGUGAAUUUCGUGUCCAGCUCUCAAGCAGAAUGGCCCGAAAUUGUGUAAUGGAACAAUCUUUACAAGAAUUAAGUAAAAAAAACAAAUUAUUUAAAUUAUUUUAAAACAGGCUAAAAUUUGAGAAGUCAUAGAAAAGCUAAAAUUAUUGUACUAUUAGACAUAACUAUUUUUUAUAUUUAGCUAGGAAAAUAAGCCCUCUAACCAUUGAAGUGAUAAAUUAAGUUUAUUUUAUAGAAAUUUAAUUGAUUAAUUAUUUACUUAUAUAAAAUGUAUUCCCUAAAUUUGUAUAAAUUAAUUUUUUAUUUUUCAAUUAAAACAUUACAAGUUAAGAAAAUGAAAAACUAAUUAGUGGUUUUUUCAAAAAAUUGGUUCUAAAAGGAACGGGAUUUAUAAAAAAGAAUAAUUUAAUGAAUGAAUUCGUUUUUUGUAAAAAGUACAUGGAAUUCGAUUUUUGAAGGGAAUACAACUAUAUUUUCGUUCCAAUAAUUUUAUUUAUAUUGUAUAACUAGAUAAAGUAGUGUAAAUAGUAUCAAUUUUAUGUUUUAAUAUUUAAUUCAUAUAAUUUAAAUAUACAUCAUAACUCGCAGGCUAACUCAAGUUUGAUAUUCAUUACAGAAAUAUAUAAUUAUUUGAUUAAAGAAAGAAUAGUUUAAACAAUAACCAAUAUAUUCUCAAUUAUUUUUAAUAUAUAAAUUUUAAUAAAAUGUUUAAAAUACCUAUGGAUGUAUUUUAAAUUUGUUUGAUAUUUUUUAUGAUCAUUGCACCGACAUAAAAAAAUGCUUUAUAUCUUAAAAUGUAAUUAUUUAAAAAUUGACUAAUUUAUAUCUUGAAGAAAAAAAGAGACGAAAUUAGUGUAAGUUUUUUGUGGAGUACGAGGAAUGAAGAAAUAAUUUAAUUUUUGAUAUUCUAUUUAUUGUUUAUUCUUCAAAGGUCAAAGUUUAAACACAAAUGAUCAAUUAUUAAUAAAUAAUUCAUUAGUUAGUUAGUUUAAGCAAAAUAUUGUACUUAAAAAUUUCUUGUUAACAUAUUGUCUUGCUAAAUAAUGUUAUAAAAAAUUUUUCUACUGGUGUUUAAAUUGAUAGAACGUGUAAGUCUAUUUAAUUAGCUAUCAGUGAAGCUUUUAGUUUCCAAAUAAUUAUUAAUUAGUUAUGAUUUAUGAAAAUACUAUAAAGAAAAUAAAAGUUGAAUAAAAUUUAAGUUCUUAAAUAAAAAUAAAUUAUACCUUUUGACAGAUUAAUUAGCUUAUAUAAAAUAUAUGUUUUAACGAAAAAUAUUUUCUUUUAGAUAAAGUUUUUUAUGUGGUAUAUAUUGUUAUGAUAAAAUAAAAUCAAAAUACUACA